GGCGGCGGCGGCGGCGGCGGCGGCGGCGGCGGCGGCGGCGGCAUGGACCUGGAGGAGGCGAAAGAGUUCAAAGACCGCUGUUCUCAGUGUGCUGCUGUCUCUUGGGGUCUCACUGAUGAAGGCAAAUAUUAUUGCACUUCUUGCCACAAUGUUACAGAAAGAUCUAAGGAAGUUAUAAACACUGGGGCUAUUCCUAAUACUAAAAUACAAGCCAUCAACCGGGGACUUAAAAGAAAACGAAAGCUUGAGAAAGGCUGGGAUUGGUACGUGUGCGAAGGUUUUCAGCACAUACUUUAUCAACAAGCAAAGGCCUUACAGACCCUUGGAGUAGGCCCAGAGUUAAAGAAUGAAGUUUUACAUAAUUUUUGGAAGCGCUACCUUCAGAAGAGCAAGCAGGCGUAUUGUAAAAACCCAGUUUAUACCAGUAGAAGGAAAACUACGGUAUUAGAAGAUAAUCCAAGUCAUUCAGACUGGGAUAGUGAACCUGAGCUGCUGAGUGACUUGAGCUGUCCUGCGUUUGUUGAGAGUGGAGCAGAAUCUCAGCCUGCUGUCCACACUCAGAAGCCUUUCCCCAUCAUCAGAGCCUCACAGUCAGAAACGGCAUCUGUCUGUUCUGGAUCUCUGGACGGAGUUGAGUAUGCACUGCGAAAGGAGAAGGGAAUUGUGAAGAUGACUGUGCCGCGGACGCUAGCCUUCUGCUACCUGUCAUUGCUUUGGCAGAGGGAGACAAUCACUCUUGCGGAUCUUCUGAGAUUCGUUGAAGAGGAUCAUAUUCCUUAUAUAAAUGCUUUUCAGCAUUUUCCAGAAGAGAUGAAAUUAUAUGGGCGUGACAAAGGAAUCUUUGCUAUUGAGUCUUGGCCUAACUAUGAAGAUAUCUAUAAAAAAAUAAUUGAAGUUGCCACAUUUUUAGAUUUGCCACGUUUUCCAGACAUAACUGAAGACUGCUAUCUUCAUCCAAACAUCUUGUGUAUGAAAUACUUGAUGGAAGUCAAUCUCCCUGAUGAAAUGCAUGAUUUAACCUGCCACGUGGUAAAAGUGACGGGAAUGGGAGACGUGGAUUUUCUGACAUUUGAUCCUAUAGCUAAAAAGGCAAAAACUGUUAAAUAUGAUGUACAAGCUGUAGCUGUCAUUGUAGUGGUGUUGAAACUGCUCUUUUUAUUGGAUGACAAUUUAGAAUGGUCUUUGUCUAACAUUGCUGAGAAAUAUAAUGAAGAGAAUGAAGAAGAUAAGCCAUGGUUUGAUUUCAGAAAAUGGUACCAAGUUAUGAAGAAAGCUAUUGAUGAAAAAAAACAAAAAUGGGAGGAAGCCAGGGCAAAGUAUCUAUGGAAAAGUGAAAAGCCACUCUACCACUCAGCGAUUGACAGAUCAGUGGUAUAUAAAAGAAGAGAAAUGGUCGUGAGUCUACAAAAACAAUUUAGCACACUGGUUGAUUCCGCACCAACUGUGGAAAAAAAAAGCCCUUCAAGUUUUCAGUUCAGCUGGACCACGGAGGGCAGCGAUGGAACCUGUUUCCAUGGGCAUAGCCUCCAGGGCGUCCUGAAGCAGAAAGGCCAGUCCCUGACGACCAAGAAUUCCCUCUAUUGGCUGAGUACUCAGAAAUUCUGUAAAAGCUAUUGUAAGCAUGUGACAACCUACGAAGAAUCAAAUUUUUCUCUGAGUUAUCAGUUUAUACUAAAUCUCUUCUCCUUCUUGCUAAGAAUAAAGACCUCCCUUCUCCAUGAAGAAGUGAGCUUAAUAGAAAAGAGACUUUUUAAAGCAAAAUACAGUACAACAAAAAAGAAAUCUUCAAGAUCCAGGAAAGCAAGAAAAUGUUGAGAAAAAUGAAGUGGAAACUUUCUGGGGAAAAUAUUUUAAUAGUGACAGUAAUGUCAAAUUGUAAUAUAACAUUACAGAGAAUGGUGAAAAAGAGAAUUUUGUUGCAAGCAUGUACAUACAUACAAAUAUAUGUAUCAAACCGCUCAUUAAAAUAUAUAUU